AUGACACCGGUGGGCGAAGGACCAGACGUCAGUGUGAUCGUAGUGCGGUUGGGAAACGUGGUGGGCACUGAGGGCACGACAAUCGGGGUGCUGCUAGCCUGGGAGCUGCUAGGCACGGUUGAAUUUCCCGAUGCCGUGCCAGUUGGAAGCAGAGUGCUCCAGGACAGGCUCCAUGUCAAGACGCUCGACUUUGUUGCGUUGAGACCCGCGCUAACAGACGUUGGUGCUGUUGGCGCGGUCGUGAGCGUGACGUUGCCCGCUGCGGAUGACGUGACGCCCGACGGUGUGAAGGUUGUGAUGUUAACCAACGUAGAAGGCGCAACUGUUGGCAGUAAUGGUUUGCUUGUGGUGUUGCGAAGUGAGGUGGGGAGACCGGGAGCUGUUGUGAGACUCGUGUGGUCGACCGGCAGGGACGUGAUAGUGGUGGUCAAAGUGAGAGUAAUGAUGACUGGAGGCGGAGAUGCCGUGCCGGUGAUAGAGACAAAGACGGAACUGUCAUCACUGGUUGGUGUGGCUGUAGUGUUUCUCGGCGUCGUGCUAUUCGCGCUGGUCGGAAGAGGGCCGGAGGGAAACGUAACCGUGGUGUUAGUGACACUCGAGAACACAAUCGAGGAAGGCGCAGGGGCUCCUGUGCCGGGGACGGCCGGGGUUGUGGAGUUCGCGAAGCCUGACGACCGGCCAGCGCCGCUAGUUGGAAGUUCACUCUCUAUGGUGGAGUACGUUGGCGCUGGCGUGGUUGACACCCCCGUCUGUGAUAGCGAAGCAGAAAGUGAUGUCGAAUUCCCCGGGGGCGCGAGACUGGGCACAGUAGAACCAGGUUCCGGCAGCGAAGUGGUGGACUCAAUACCCGACUGCGUCACCGUGGUGUUUGGUGCUGGGACAGCAGACGUGUACGAGGUCGGGAUCGUGGAUGGAGGAGCAUAAGGUGGUGGUGUGCCAGAACUGGAUGAGAUCCGAGGCAGUGGCAAACUGGUACUUGUGGGGUUUGUUGGAUUUGUGGUCGGCGAAACACUCAAAGUCGUGGACGGAGGACCGUACCCAUCGGGAUCAGCGGCUGAAGAGCUUUGAGACACUGGCAAGUUGCUCUCCGUGGAGGACAGAGGGGUAGUUGACGGACCAGCACUCGAUAUAGUGGAUGGAGGGCCGUAGCCAUCUGGUUUACUGAAAGCCGACGACGUUGGGGCGAGUGGCAAACCAGUGUCCGUUGAAUAGUCCAAGCUUGUAGACGGAUCGCUACUCAGGAUUGUUGACGGCGGCCCGUAACCCUCUGGA